UGGUUGUACCUGGUCUGCCCUGGGGAGGCAGCGUCUCCAUGUGGAAUUCUCCACCUUCUCCCAGGUCGUCACUGCUAUCCAGCCCCUGCUGGUGUCUCCCUGUCUCUCUGCCCAGCAGGGAACGAUGGUGAGGCACCUGGUCCCCCGUCUGCCUGCCCUCCCUGUCUGCCUCGCCGUGGUCCAGCUGCUCAGCCCCUGCUCAGCUCAGUUUGCUGUAAUUGGACCCCGUGAGCCCAUCGUGGCCAUCGAAGGUGAAGACGCUGAGCUGCCCUGUCACCUGUCCCCGGAGAUGAGCGCUGAGACCAUGGAGCUGAUGUGGGUGCGAUCCAGCCCCAGGCAGGUAGUGCACACGUACGCACACGGGCAGGAGGAGAUGCCGGCAGCAGAGUAUGGAGGGAGAACUUCGAUUUUAAGAGAGGGCAUCACUGCGGGGAAGGCUGCUCUCCGGAUUCUCAACCUCAGAGCCUCUGACACAGGAUACUACCUGUGUUAUUUCCAAGAUGGAGACUUCUUUGAAAAUGCCCUGGUGGAGCUGAAGGUUGCAGCGCUGGGCUCUGACCCCCACGUUGAAAUGAAGGGCUACGAGGCUGGAGGGAUCCGUGUGGAGUGCACAUCUGCCGGCUGGUACCCGCAGCCCCAGAUCCAGUGGAGAGACGCCAGGGGACACAGCUUGUCUGCUGAGGUGGCCACAGCGGCUGCAGACCCCCAGGGCCUUUAUGCAGCCUCAGCUUCUGUGAUCCUGGAAGGUGGCUCUGGGGAGGGGGUCUCCUGUGUCAUCAGAAACCCCCUGCUGGGCCAGGAGAGGUCAUCAUCCAGGGUUUCCAUUGCAGGCCCCUUCUUCCGGAACGCACAGCCCUGGGUGGUGGCCCUGGGCGUGACCCUGCCGGCUCUGCUGGGGCUCCUGACGGGGGCGUGCUACUUCCUGUGGCGACAGCAGAAGAAGAUCCAGGCCUUGUCCCAGGAGAAGGAGAGGGAGCGAAGCGCCAAAGAGAAGCUGCAGGAGAAACUCAUGUCUGUCUCCAUUGCAGGUGAGGAGCGGUCUCAGGCCUAUGCAGAGUUGAAGAUGGCCCUCUUCCAGCCUGCGGAUGUGUCUCUGGACCCAGACACGGCACACCCCUACCUCCUGGUUUCUGAGGACAAGAGGCACCUGCAGUGGACAGACACAUGGCAGAACCUGCCAGAAAACCCCGAGAGAUUUUAUGGGUGUCACUGUGUGCUGGGCUGUGAGAGCUUCACCUCAGGGAGACACUUCUGGGAGCUGGAGGUGGGGGACAGAAAAGAUUGGCGUGUUGGGGUGUGCAGGGAGGACGUGAUGAGAAAAGAGUGGGUUAAAAUAGCCCCCGAGAAUGGGUUCUGGAUAGUGGGGCUGAAACCUGGGAAUGAAUGCGUGGCUCUCACAGACCCGCAGAUCCCACUGACCAACGUGAGCCCCCCUGAGAAGGUGGCGGUUUUCCUGGACUGUGAGCUGGGGGAGGUCUCGUUCUACAAUGCCCUCGACGGGUCUCACCUCUUCACCUUCCCGCACACCCGCUUCUCUGGGCCUCUGAGGCCUGUUUUCUUCAUUUGGAAAACUGAGCCCACUCCCCUGACCAUUUGCCCAGCACAGGAAGCAGUGGGGCGGUCCUUUGUGUCUGUCCCAAAGCCUGACCCUUCCCUGGAGACCCCAGUGGCCCCGGGCUCAGCUGCUGGGAAUGGGGACCCUCAGGCUGAAGAAACGUCUCUGCUUCCUGCUGCCCCGCCUGGGGCUGAGGGCCUCCUGGACAGCAAACCUCUCAGCAGGAAAACACUCACUGAAAGCACACUGAGUGACGGGCUUCUCUAACGUUCACUCAGUUUUUCCACACGAGAGACAAGGAGACCAGGGUACAGACAGUGAGUUAACUUUCCAAAGGUGAGUCAGGGGCUUCGAACAACCAGAGCUGACACCUAUAGGUGACUUCGCAUGUGCUGGGUGCUGUGCUAAAUGCUUCAGGUGAAUCUCAGUCAUCCUCAUAACCACCCUGUGAAACAGCCUCAUUAUGAAAGUGUGGAAACUGAGGCAGGAUCAAGUUCACUGAGGUACAUAAUUCACACAGAUUUUAGUGCUGAAUGAUGUCCAUCCCCUGCCCCUCCCCCUCCCUCUGGACUGUCCCUUUGCAGCUGAUUGUCCUGUUGGGCAGGGUCAUGGGCAGCCCUGAGGGUCCCUCCCAGGGCACCAAGGGUAAAGGUCACUGCAGGUGACUGUGAAGGCCACACCCACUUGGAUCCUCCAAGGUCAACUGUCAGAGCCAUGGCCCACCCUUCACUGACGGGCUCUGCAGGACACCAUGGUCCAGGGGAUGAACUCACAGUGACCCCAUCACCCAGGCUGAGAAGGGACCAGCGGCCACUUUCUGAACCAGCCUGUGACCUGUGGGCACAGAGCAGACCCACCCCCCCACCUCCCACCUGGAGGUCCUCUGUGAGCAGGACGGUGCGGGGAGGGGGCAGACGGACAUCAGUGAAGUUUCAUCACACGGUGGGACCCACGUCCAGGACAGGGACGCCCACCGCUGACCACCCACUGAGGUUCCCGAGGUCCCUGUCACCUGUGGGUCCUGGGGAAAGGCCGCUCUUCCUCCUCAUCAUCAUCGUCACUGUGAAUGUUCACCAUCUCUCCCCUCCCCCCACAUGUGGGUGUCAUGUCACAUGUGUAAAUAAAUGUG